AGUAUACUUACAUACCCCUACACAAGACACAGAACACACUCAUGGGCGCCUCAUCCUCCAAGCCCGUGAGGUCCGCCGCGCAGGCGGCCCGACGGCAAUACCCUAAACAGCCGGUAUCACCUCCGACCUCAGCACCACCACCACCACCACCAUCCAAACCCGCCAGACAGCCCCAACCACAGCCAUCACCACCACCACCAAGACCCUCCCACCCCCAAGGUCCAACCUACCACUCCAAAGAACCCCCUUCCCUCCAACGCUCAUCAGCAAUCGACCUCGACGGCCGUGACCCCGACUUCGCCGCCUCCCUCCGCACCAUCGGCCCCGUCACCCCCAACCCAACCUACUCCCCCAGCAGCACCUUCCAACAAUACCCACCCCACCACCAACAGCACCAACAAACCACACCCACCGUCUUCCCCCCCUCCUCCAACCCCGCAUUACUCGUCUUCUCCGCCCGCCAGCGCAUCACCAAAGCCGCGGAACAGGAGACCGAAGCAAUGGGGAAGAUGGGGUUCCAGGGACGGGAGUUUCUGGAUGCGUUGACCAUUCGGCAGGUGUUGGCGAUGAGGGAUAGGCAGGGGAUGGGGGAGAGGGAGAUUGAGCGGAUGUUGAGGUUGAAGGGGGGGGUCGUGGGGAGGUUAGGGGGGAGGGGGGUCGUGGGGGAUAUUGGAUAG